AUUUAAACCAAACCUCUUGGCGUCCAACUUCGCCAUCGUUUCCAUUUACGAUCAUGGAAGUCAAGAAAGACCAGCACACAUCUCCACCGUCUGAGAUGAUCCCUAUCGUUGAUCUAAGCAACCCGGACGAAGAGCUAGUGUCACGUGCGGUGGUUAAGGCGAGCCAAGAGUGGGGGAUAUUUCACGUGGUGAAUCAUGGGAUCUCGAUGGAUCUGAUACGGAGGUUGAAGGAGGUUGGUUCACAGUUCUUCGAGCUACCGGAGACGGAGAAGAAAGCUGUAGCGAAACCAGAUGAUUCCCAAGACUUCGAAGGUUACACGAGGAAUCUCAAGUAUACAGAAGGAGAGGUUUGGGCAGAAAAUCUUUUCCACAGAAUCUUGCCACAGUCAUGUAUAAACUACAAAUACUGGCCGAGAAACCCUCCGCAGUACAGGGAGGUGACUGAAGAGUACACAAAGGAGACCAAGAAGCUAUCGGAGAGGCUUUUGGGUUUUUUAUCAGAAGGAUUAGGGCUACGGCAUGAGGCGUUAAAGGAAGGUCUGGGUGGCGAAAAGUCGGAGUAUGUACUGAGAAUCAACAACUUCCCGCCUAAUCCACAACCGGAUGCGACCUUGGGACUGCCGGAGCACACUGACAUCGUCGCACUCGCACUCAUCGUCACCAAUGAAGUUCCAGGUCUUCAGGUUUUCCAUGAAGACCACUGGUUUGAUGUCCAGUACGUUCCCUCUUCCAUAACAGUCACCGUCGGUGAUCAGAUACUGAGGCUGAGCAACGGGAAGUACAAGAAUGUGUUGCAUAGAGUAACGGUGGAUAAAGAAAAGCAGAGGAUGUCUUGGCCGGUUUUUGUCGAUGCUAAUCCUGAUGUCGUUAUCCGUCCAUUGCCGGAGCUGAUUACCGGCGAUAAUCCUUCUAUGUUCAAGCCUAUUGUCUGCAAGGACUUUAAAUACCGUAGGCUUUUCAAGCUUCCGGUCGACUGAUCCAAAUGAUAAUCAGUUUAUUUUUCAUAUUACCAAAAAAAAUCCCCAGUCCUGUGUGUGUGUGUUUAUGCUACGUAUUGUAAAAAUUAUCUUCUACGUAAGUUUAGUUCUGCAAAAGGACCAAAUAAUUUACUACAGUUUGGUCCGCCAUCGCUGAUGGCGGAAGCGAUGGCGGUCAGGUCAGCACUUAUCAACGCCCGUGAAAUGGGCUUCUCUAGAAUCUGUAUCAAAUCAGAUUGUCAAGCACUAGUUGCUAUCAUCUCUUCGAAUCAGCACCCGGCGGAUCUCCACGGAAUCACUCGGGACAUCGAGCAUCUAUCUCUUUCCUUUGAUUGUAUCUUCUAUGUUUUUAUUUCGAGAAACCUGAACUUUGUGGCUGAUGCCCUCGCAAAAUCUGCUCUGUACUCUGUUUCUACCAACUAGUUUCGGUUGGUCUGCAUCUUUAUAAUAUUCAGUGUUCAAAAAAAAA